GCAUUCAGGGGGCCGUAUUUUGAAUAAAUUGAAAGCCAGACAGCAGUUGACUUCACAUUGUGCAUCGGGUAGUUCUAUAAAGAAAUCGCCAUGGAGUGCGCCUUUGAUAACUUGGAUGCAGCAGGUUUCCUGGAAAUUUGGCAACACUUCGAUGCCGACGAUAAUGGUUACAUUGAGGGUAAAGAGCUGGAUGACUUUUUCCGUCACAUGAUGAAGAAGUUGGGUCCAGAGGAGAAGGUGACGGAGAACAGGAUCAAGAGACUGAAGCAGCGCUUCAUGUCAGCGUAUGACGUCACCGCAGAUGGACGCCUGCAGAUCCAGGAGUUGGCCAACAUGAUUCUUCCCGAGGACGAGAACUUCCUGUUGGUGUUCCGCCGGGAGGCGGCCUUGGACAACAGUGUUGACUUCAUGCAGAUCUGGAGGAAGUAUGACGCAGACAGCAGUGGGUACAUAUCUGCAGUGGAGCUGAAGAGUUUCCUAAAAGAUCUGUUUCUACAACAACAGACAACUGUAUCCUCCAGCAAACUGGAGGAGUACACAGAUGCCAUGAUGAAGAUCUUUGACAAAAAUAAAGAUGGACGCUUGGAUUUGAACGAUUUGGCCAGAAUUCUGUCUCUGGAAGAAAACUUCCUGCUUCAGUUCAAACUGGAUGCCUGCAGCAAAGAGGAGAGGAAGAGAGACUUUGAACACAUCUUUGACCACUAUGAUGUUAGCAAGACUGGAGCGUUGGAGGGGCCUGAGGUGGACGGCUUUGUUAAAGACAUGAUGGAACUAGUUAAGCCCAGCAUCACAGGCCCUGAGCUGGACAAGCUGCGAGCAGUGUUGCUUGGCCACUGUGACGUCAACAAGGAUGGAAAGAUCCAGAAGAGUGAGCUGGCUCUGUGUCUGGGGGUGAAGGCCCAGCCCUAGGCUGCAGAGAGGGGAGGAUAUUUGCUUUACAUCCAUUUACCCCACAGAAGCACCUACAGUACAAUACCUAUGGGUCUGGUUUGUCACUAAGAAUGCUAUUUCUGAAUGGGUAGAAACACUUUGACUCUCACUGCUGACAUCUAAACUGUUACUGUAGGGAUACAGUUGGUGGGUUGGUUAGAGCUGUAGAUAAGGUGUUGAGUCAUAGAAAUUGUUGCAUGUAAAGUAGGGAAACGCUGUGUGGGUAUGUGUUGUAGAAUUUGGUGCGGUUAAUUACAGUGACACUGAUGUUAGAAUGUGGUAGUUUUCUGUUAUACCUGUUUUCUUUGUUUUUGUAGGUUUUUGUUUGGGAUCAGUUAGUGUCAAACGGUUUAUGUUUUUUUGCAAUGUGCAUGCUCCUGUUUGCAUAUACAUUUAGACAUUUGGUUUUGAUAUAUCAUGUUUAAAAUUCAAAUAAAGAAAUGGUGUAAAGUUAAA